AUGAUUGAUAAAAUUCCUAUUACUCCUGUUCUCCUUCCGGAAUUGCCAUUUGAGAUAGUAAAUAUAGACCUAAUAGGACCCAUUGAACCCCCUUCUGCUCGUCGGCAUAAGUAUGUAUUAUGUCUAAUGAACCAGCAUUCUCGAUGGCCUGAGGCUAUCCCUCUUCGUUCGUUAACGGCUAAAGCUACGUGUGAUGCUUUAUUGGAGAUAUUCAUGCGGACUGGAAUACCCAAUGUUAUUGCAAGUGAUAAUGGAACGAACUUUAUUUCUAAGUUAACCCAGGAAUUCAUGAAAAGAUUAGGUUGUUCUCCCAGAUUUACGACGCCUAACCAUCCAGCUGGGAAUGGCCUUAUAGAAAGAUAUAAUAGGGUGUUCAAAAAUUCACUCCAUCACAUUAUCAGAACUGAUCCGAGUAAUUGGGAUAAAUACAUUCCAUAUAUGCUUUUUGCGUACAGGGAAGUUCCUAACUGUACGACGGGUGUUUCGCCAUUCAAGUUGAUGUAUGGACGUGAAGCACGAGGACCUCUCAGUGUUCUAAAAUCGAGCUGGUAUGGUGAUAUUGCCAUUCCGUUAAAGAUGGAGAAAUCAGUUGUGGAUUAUUUACAGGAGCAAAAAAUAAACUUAGAAAAAGCUGCAGAGGAAGCAUCUCUCAUCGCUUCUGGAAAAUUUGUAGACCAAUCACAGAGGUUCGAACAUGUACACCUGGACCUUGUAGGCCCUCUACCUCCUUCUCAAGGAAACUAUUACUGUUUAACAAUGAUAGAUAGGUUCACGAGAUGGCCAGAAGCCCCAUAG